CCGCUAAAAGGGCAUUGACUUGAAACAACGCAUCUCAGUUUACUUACACUGCUCUCUCUCUUCACUGCUUUGCAACACAACACUCACCAUCCAUCAGCUAUUGCUCUUCCAUUUCACUCUCUCUCUGUCUCUCACACUUUCUAACACCCAUAUUUGGAACAGAGUUUCAUCCAUUGGCCAUAGCUUUCUGAUUGAGCUGCAUAACCAAGUUUGAUUUCUGUUUCUUUUGGUUCAUGGUAAUGGAAAUAGAUUGAUAUAACAAAAGUUGUGGAAGAUUGAUAAAUAGAGGUGGCAAGAUGUCUUAUAGAAGGGGGUCUGAUCAGCCGCCGCGGAGGCAGAUACUGCGGACACAGACUGCUGGGCAUUUAGGAUCAGACCCGGUCUUGGACAGUGAAGUGGUGCCUUCCUCACUAGUUGAGAUAGCUCCCAUUCUCCGUGUUGCUAAUGAAGUUGAAGCUAGCAAUAAAAGAGUUGCUUAUCUAUGUCGGUUUUAUGCCUUUGAAAAAGCUCACAGACUAGAUCCAACAUCUAGUGGGCGUGGUGUACGUCAAUUCAAAACUGCUCUUCUUCAACGUCUAGAAAGGGAAAAUGACACAACAUUGGAGGGAAGAGCAAAGAGUGAUGCUCGUGAAAUGCAGAGUUUUUAUCGGCACUACUACCAAAAGUAUAUUGAAGCGCUAAGCAGUGCUGCUGAUAAGGAUCGUGCCCAGCUCACAAAAGCAUAUCAAACUGCUGCUGUUUUAUUUGAGGUUUUGAAGGCAGUCAAUCAAACAGAGGCUGUUGACUUAACUGCAGAGAUUGAAGCUCAUACCAAGGUUGAGGAAAAAAAGCAAUUAUAUGCCCCUUAUAAUAUUUUGCCCCUCGAUCCUGAGAGUGGGAAAGAGGCUAUUAUGAGAUAUCCUGAGAUUCAAUCUGCUGCCUCUGCACUCCGUACAACCAGGGGUUUGCCUUGGCCAAAGGAUCAUGGUAACAAAGUAAAUGAAGACAUUCUAGAUUGGCUUCAGCUGAUGUUUGGUUUCCAGAAGGGCAACGUGGAAAAUCAAAGGGAGCACUUGAUUCUUUUGCUUGCAAAUGUACAUAUACGACAAGUUCCGAAACUUGAUCAGCAACCCAAGUUGGAUGAUCGUGCUUUAAAUGAAGUGAUGAAGAAACUCUUUAGAAACUACAAAAAGUGGUGCAAGUAUUUGGGUCGCAAAAGUAGCCUUUGGUUGCCUACUAUUCAGCAGGAAAUGCAACAACGCAAACUAUUGUACAUGGGCUUAUAUCUUCUUAUAUGGGGAGAAGCUGCAAAUUUGAGAUUUAUGCCAGAAUGCCUCUGUUAUAUCUACCAUCAUAUGGCAUUUGAGUUGUAUGGGAUGUUAGCUGGGAAUGUCAGUCCAUUGACGGGUGAACCUGUAAAGCCUGCCUAUGGUGGUGAAACUGAGGCUUUUCUGAUGAAAGUAGUAAAACCAAUAUAUGAUACAAUAGCAAAGGAAGCUAAGAGGAGUAAAUCAGGAAAAGCAAAGCACUCUCAGUGGAGAAACUAUGAUGAUUUGAAUGAAUAUUUUUGGUCAGUUGAUUGUUUCCGGCUAGGUUGGCCUAUGCGUAUGGACUCCGGGUUCUUUUCUGUACCUCUGCCUCAUGAGCAACGUUCAGGUGACAAAGAUGAGGAAAACAGAGCUAAUGAUGAAGAUCGGUGGCCUGGAAAAGUUAAUUUUGUUGAGAUACGCACAUUUUGGCACAUAUUUAGAAGUUUUGAUAGAAUGUGGAACUUUUAUAUACUAAGUUUACAGGCAAUGAUAAUAAUAGCUUGGAAUGGCUCUGGCAAUUUAAGCUCAAUAUUUGAUGGCGAGGUUUUUAAGAAAGUUCUCAGCAUCUUCAUAACUGCUGCAAUAUUGAAGCUUGCCCAAGCCAUUCUUGACAUAGUCCUGAAUUGGAAAGCAAGAAAAGUCAUGUCAUUUCAUGUGAAGCUGCGAUAUAUAUUUAAAGCCAUUUCAGCUGCAGCAUGGGUCAUAGUUUUACCAGUCACUUAUGCUUUUAGUUUGAAAAAUCCAUCUGGUUUUGGACAAACCAUAAAGAAUUGGUUUGGCAACGGCACUCGUUCUCCUUCUAUGUUCAUUUUGGCUGUCAUCAUCUAUUUAUCUCCAAAUAUUCUCUCUGGAUUGUUAUUUGUGUUCCCAUUCAUGCGACGGUAUCUUGAGAGGUCCAACAGUGGCAUUGUGAAAUUCAUGAUGUGGUGGUCCCAGCCUCGGCUCUUUGUUGGUAGAGGAAUGCAAGAGGGCCCAAUUUCACUGUUGAUGUACACUUCUUACUGGGUUUUACUAAUUCUAUCUAAAUUAGCAUUCAGUUACUUCUUGGAGAUUAAGCCUCUUGUGGGUCCAACAAAAGCCAUCAUGCAAACUCAUAUAUCAGUUUACCGGUGGCAUGAAUUCUUCCCGCGUGCCAAAAAAAAUAUCGGGGUAGUGAUUUCUAUAUGGGCUCCUAUCAUACUUGUGUACUUUAUGGAUACACAGAUUUGGUAUGCUAUUUUCUCUACAAUUGUAGGAGGCAUAUAUGGUGCAUUCCGUCGUCUGGGAGAGAUUCGAACAUUGGAUUUAUUAAGGUCUCGCUUUGAUUCGAUUCCUGGUGCUUUUAAUGCUUGCUUAAUUCCCAUGGAUCAGAGCAAGGAGAAAAAGAGAAAGGGACUAAAGGCCACUUUCUCUCGUAAAUUUGAUCAGGUCUCUUCUAAUAAAGAGAAGGAAGCUGCAAGGUUUGCGCAGUUAUGGAACAAAAUAAUUACUAGUUUGAGGGAGGAGGACCUAAUUGAUAACAGGGAAAUGGACCUCAUGCUUGUACCAUAUUGGGCUGACCGUUCCUUGAACCUCAUCCAGUGGCCUCCUUUCUUACUUGCCAGCAAGAUCCCAAUAGCAGUGUCUAUGGCCAAAGACAGCCUUGGAAAAGGACAGGAACUGGAAAAAAGGUUGUCAAGGGACAAGUACAUGAAAUCUGCUAUUCUUGAAUGCUAUGCUUCUUUCAGAAAUAUUAUUAACUUCUUGGUUCUAGGAGAACGUGAGAACACGGUUAUACAGAACAUUUUUCAACGAGUUGAUGAGCAUAUAGAAAAAGAAGAUCUGCUUACUGAAUUGAAUCUGAGUGCUCUCCCUAAUCUAUAUGACCGUUUUGUUAAACUGAUUGAAUGUUUGAUGGAUAACAAAAAGGAGGUCAAGGAUCAAAUUGUCAUUCUCUUGCUUGACAUGCUAGAGAUUGUGACCAGAGAUAUAAUGGAAGGAGAUGUUGAGGGUUUGCUAGAUUCAAGCCAUGGUGGAUCUUAUGGAAAAGAUGAAAGGAUGACACCACUUGAUCAACAUGAUCAGAUUUUUGGUAGACUUCAGUUUCCUGUCACAACAGAUACUGAGGCUUGGUCAGAGAAAAUAAAAAGGCUUCAUUUACUGUUAACUGUCAAGGAGUCUGCUAUGGAUGUACCAUCCAACUUGGAUGCUAGGAGGCGUAUAUCUUUCUUCUCCAAUUCUUUAUUUAUGGAUAUGCCACCUCCUCCAAAAGUUCGCAAUAUGCUGUCCUUCUCUGUCUUGACACCAUACUUUGAUGAGCUUGUUCUUUUCUCCCUAGAACAUCUGGAAGAGCCAAAUGAAGAUGGAGUGUCUAUUCUCUUUUACUUGCAAAAGAUAUUUCCAGAAGAAUGGAAAAACUUUCUUCAACGUUUUGAUUGUAAGGAUGAAGAAAAACUCAGAGGAGAGUUAGAGGAAGAACUCCGUUUAUGGGCAUCAUACAGGGGCCAGACAUUGACUAAAACUGUUCGAGGAAUGAUGUAUAUCCGACAAGCAUUGGAGCUACUGGCUUUUCUUGACAUGGCAAAGGAUGAAGAUCUAAUGAAAGGUUACAAGGCUGCAGAACUUGAGAGUAAGGAAAAUCCAACCAGUGAGCGGUCACUGUGGACACAAUGUCAAUCAUUAGCUGACAUAAAGUUUACAUAUGUGGUAUCGUGUCAACAAUACGGUAUUCACAAGCGAUCUGGUGAUUCUAGGGCCAAAGAAAUUUUAAAGCUCAUGGCCAAGUACCCAUCUCUUCGAGUUGCUUAUAUUGAUGAGGUUGAAGAGCCUCGGAAAGGUUCAUCUCGAAAAACAGAUAAGGUUUAUUAUUCAGUUCUAGCCAAAGCUUCUUUACCGGCAAAAUCAAUGGAUUCAUCUGAAACAAUUCAAAAUUUAGACCAGGAUAUUUACAGAAUAAAGCUUCCAGGGCCUGCAAUAUUGGGUGAGGGGAAGCCAGAAAAUCAAAACCAUGCCAUCAUUUUCACACGUGGGGAAGGCUUGCAAACAAUUGAUAUGAAUCAGGAUAACUACAUGGAAGAAGCUUUCAAAAUGAGAAAUUUGCUGCAAGAAUUUCUCAAAAAACAUGAUAGUCCAACAUUCCCAACAAUACUUGGACUCAGAGAGCAUAUAUUUACUGGCAGUGUUUCUUCCCUUGCAUGGUUUAUGUCCAAUCAGGAGAACAGUUUUGUGACAAUUGGACAAAGAUUGUUGGCUAACCCCUUGAAAGUGCGUUUCCAUUAUGGCCACCCUGAUGUAUUUGAUAGACUUUUCCAUCUGACAAGAGGGGGCGUAAGCAAAGCUUCAAAGGUUGUCAACUUGAGUGAGGAUAUAUUUGCAGGUUUCAAUUCUACACUGCGUGAAGGCAAUGUCACACAUCACGAGUACAUACAAGUCGGUAAAGGAAGGGACGUGGGUCUUAACCAGAUAUCAAUGUUUGAGGCAAAGAUAGCUAAUGGGAACGGUGAGCAGACAAUGAGUAGGGACAUAUAUAGGCUUGGACACCGAUUUGAUUUCUUCCGAAUGUUAUCUUGCUAUUUCACCACAAUCGGCUUCUAUUUCAGCACAAUGCUGACUGUCCUCACAGUUUAUGUAUUCCUUUACGGUCGCCUCUAUCUCGCCCUGAGCGGACUUGAAGAAGGGCUGAACAACAAGAAGGCCAUAAGAGAGAACAAAGCUCUUCAAGUAGCUCUUGCUUCUCAAUCUGUUGUGCAAAUUGGAUUUUUGUUGUCCUUGCCUAUGCUGAUGGAAAUUGGCUUGGAGAGGGGAUUUCGUGAGGCGUUGAGUGAAUUUGUACUAAUGCAAAUACAGUUGGCUCCUGUAUUUUUCACGUUUUCUCUUGGAACAAAAACACACUAUUAUGGAAGGACACUACUUCAUGGAGGUGCACAGUACCGAGGCACUGGUCGUGGUUUUGUGGUGUUUCAUGCCAAGUUUGCUGAUAAUUAUAGGCUCUACUCUCGCAGUCAUUUUGUUAAAGGAAUUGAGUUGGUGAUUCUGCUUGUGGUCUACCAUAUAUUUGGUCAUGUAUACAGAGGAGUUGUUGCCUAUAUUCUUAUUACCAUAACCAUGUGGUUCAUGGCAGGGACUUGGCUUUUUGCUCCCUUCCUUUUCAAUCCAUCAGGCUUUGAGUGGCAGAAGAUUCUUGAGGACUGGACAGAUUGGCAUAAAUGGAUAAGCAACCGUGGCGGUAUCGGUGUGUCUCCUGAAAGAAGUUGGGAAUCCUGGUGGGAAAAGGAACAUGAGCAUCUCCAGCACUCCGGAAUACGUGGUACUGCUACUGAGAUAAUACUAGCCCUCCGCUUCUUCAUAUAUCAAUAUGGACUUGUGUAUCACCUUUCAAUCACUGAUUCGAGUCAAAGUGUUCUGGUUUAUGGUGUUUCAUGGAUGAUCAUCUUUCUAAUUUUGGGUUUAAUGAAGGGUGUAUCUGCUGGAAGGCGCCGCCUCAGUGCAGACUUCCAGCUCUUUUUUCGGUUGAUUAAGGGUUCUAUUUUCAUAACAUUCCUUACCAUCUUCAUUGUGUUAAUAGCAGUGGCUAAGAUGACCAUAAAAGACAUAAUAGUUUGCAUCCUAGCAGUCAUGCCAACAGGCUGGGGGUUGCUGCUGAUUGCACAAGCUUGCAAGCCUGUCAUUAAAAAGGGAGGGUUUUGGGGGUCUGUUCGCGCACUUGCACGGGGAUAUGAAAUCAUAAUGGGCUUGCUUCUCUUCACACCAAUUGCUUUCUUGGCAUGGUUCCCAUUUGUUUCAGAAUUUCAAACAAGAAUGCUUUUCAACCAAGCUUUCAGUAGAGGUUUGCAGAUUUCUCGUAUUCUUGGUGGACAAAAAAGAGACCGCGCCUCCAACAACAAGGAGUGAUUAUAUCCCAACAAUUAUCAAGGUGUACAUAAAGUUUCAUAGAGUAUUAAUUAUAACCCAAACAUACAGUACCAUAUUGUACAUAAAGAUUCAUUUUGAUCUAUAAACUUUCAGCCUUAUGUUGCAUUUAGAAAAGUUUGACUUCAAAGGUUAGUAUUACCAUAAUCAAAUUCUUAGAUAAUGUGACCAGACAAUUGGAUGAAACUAAAGAUAAUAAGAUGUUUGUACAUUAUAUUUA